ACUCUAAUUUGGAUCGUCUGUUGAGAAGAGAAGAGAAAAAUGACUGCAAACGGUUCAGGAUCCACUUUUCGCGUAGAAUUGCUGCUUCAUAGUUUAAAAGAAAUACAACAAGAAAAGAACUGCCUUGAAAGUAAACUUGCUGAGAGAAGAAGUAAAAGAAGAGAAUUGGAGAAUUUAAUAGAUAUAGAGAACAACAAACUCUCUCAAAUGAAAGAAGGGCAUGAAAAAAUGCAAGAAACUAUGAAAGUUGCACAGCUUAAGGAGGCUCAAACACAGUCAUUGGCAAAUAGUAUAGAAGAGUCAAACCAACAUAUGAGAGAAAACAUCGAUGAGUUGAACAGAAAACUGAUCAUGGAAAAGCAAAGGCAUUCUGAUAGUGUAGGAAACUUUGAAAAGCAAUUGUCAGACAUUGUCAACCAUCUAAUCAAUGCAAGGUCAUUUUACGAAGAUUCAGCUCUAAAGAAAGUUAUUGGAGAGACAGAAUUUCACAAGACAAAUUUACAAAGCAAAGCUGAAGUUUGUCAUCAAGACCAUUUAGAUCUCCAGCAACAACUGGCUAACGUGUCAGCCUGUAACAAACUUCGCAAAUACCAAGACAUUCCACUGGAAUUUCGAAAAGAAAUUAGGGCUUUGUUCAAAGAAGAAAAUGCUGCUUCAAAAGGGCUCUUGAGAAGGAAAAAGGAGAAACUGAAAGAAAUAGAAGAGAAAGUGGCAAGCUUGAAAAAAUAAAAUGAUUGUUUUGAAGGGACUUUAAUUUCUUUUUGAUCUUUUCCAAGAUUUAGUAUUUGCAAUUAAUUCACAUAAAUUUACUACUAGAAAAGUAGCAACUGUAGAAAAUAUUUUGAAGUUUGACUAGUUGUUGACUUAGAAUUACUACAUGUAUUAUAAACAAAUAUGAAAUGUAUAGUUAUAUGUUCAUUAUUUUUAUUCACAUUUAAAAUAUAUUUAUUAUGUACAUAAACUUCAUAAACACUG